GAACGAAAACACAGUCGUUGUUGUUGAAUGACUCGAAUUAGUAAUUCGAUGGGUCCGUUAGAAAUCGUCACCAAAUUGCUGUGUAAUUAAUAAAAAAAAUUGAAGCGUGAAAAACCAAUAAACUAAUUCCUGUGAACAUUUCUACAUAUGUGGCCGUUCUAUUGAAUUUUUUCGUGUUUUUUUUGGUGCGCCUGCGUGCAUAGAAUUGGUGAAAAGAGAAAGUUUACAACACCUACGGAGUGUGCGCGGUGACGAUUUUAACAAGAAAGAGAAAUUAGGUCUCACGGCUAUAUACUCCAUAUGGGCAUCAAACAGACUGCGGCGCCUAGCCAGAUGAACGGCAAUGGUACGGUUGGGGAAUCAUUGAUCAAGAAAAAUGGGCACACGAAUCAAAAGCGAAAACCUGGCAAAGAGUACAAUGCACUGCCAAGUCAAAAAUCAGUGGUUGUGGCGUACAUUUUGUGGCUAUUUGGAGGCAUCUUCGGCCUGCAUCACAUAUAUUUGCAUCGCGAUCGUCAUGCCUUUCUGUGGUGGUGCACAAUUGGCGGUUAUAUGGGUAUCGGGUGGCUGAGUGAAAUCUUUAUGAUACCCGAGUACGUGCGCGACGCCAACGAAGAUCCACGUUUCAUUAAGUCAUUUGUGGCUCGUCUGCAGGCCAAUCCACGUCCUACAUACUCGUCGAAGCGAUUUCUCGGCCAAGUGAUGAUUGGCUAUCUUUUUGGCCAGCUUGUUGCCAUGGCCAUACCGCAGACAAUUGUUGUUGGCAUCGACUGGACCUUCCUACACUGGUCCAUACCGAUAUUUGUGUCGCUGGGUGUCUGGACUGUCGGUAAUGUGGGACGAGAGUGCGGCGUGCUGUGGCACUGUCUUGUGGCCGCUGGAGUGGCCUAUCCAGUACGCUACAUCAUCUACGAUGAGACGUAUACGCUGCUGAUAACGGCCAUAUUUUCAUCACUGAUCUUCGAUGCUUUCUCCAAGCAAUGGCGUCGUACUCCGCCAUCUCGGCGUGGGGUCUGCACACGGACGCUGAAGUUUUCGGGUGCUUUGUGCAUUUAUUUUGCGGCUUGGGGCUGCUUUAUAUACUUUAAUGGCACCAUUUCGGAUGAGGAUGGUGGAGAGGUGCCCAUACACGAGGCGCUCAACAAUUUCCUCGCCUCCGCUUGGUGGACCGACCUUAAACAGGUGCUGCUCGACACUUACAACUAUGCGCAGCAUCAUGGCUGGUAUGAGACGUGGAAGGAGGUGUUCGAGAGCAUGGAUGUGGAUGGAGAGCGCAACGCAUACAAGGUACUUGGGGUUAGUGCGACUGCUUCGCAGUCAGAGAUUACGGCCGCUUAUCGCAAGCUGUCCAAAGAGUUCCAUCCCGAUAAGGUGAAGGAUGAAACGCAACGUAAGGCGGCGCACCAACGCUUUAUUGAGAUCCAACAAGCCUACAGUGUGCUCAGCAAAAUCAAAUCGAGUCGACGACGCAAGAACAAAAAGUUCAACGAGGAUGAUUCCAUAGUGCUGUAAAAAGCACUCCCCCGCUUAGCAACUUAGUAUUAAGUGUUUGUUUGUAAGCAUAUUAUUUGAUGCAUGUUGUAUGUUCCACUGUACCCAUUUCAAUGCAUGACCUGAUGCGCAACACCAUUCAUAAUCAGUCUUCCGUCGUCAUGCCUUCUGCACUCACAUUGUUUUUUGUUCGCAUCGCCUCGAAUUGUAAGUUUUAAGAAACGUCGAAAGCCUUGCAUACUAUAACCAGCGCAUGCCCUUUCAAUUAUUCUUAAUGCUUACUUGAUGUACUUUCUAUUUAUUAAACUAGAAUAAAUUACAUUUUACUCGAUUUUCCAACAUC